AUUUAUGAACCUUCCUUUGCUUACAUAACUUUGUAUUAAAUGCUGCAGCUGCGGAAAGUGAAACCCACCCACCUCAGAAGGAAGAGAGAGAAAGUGAAAAAAAUCUUUCCCGUUAUUCCCUCACUCUCUCUCUAGAAAUGAACUCUGCAUCUCCCACCACCUCUCCUCAAAAUGUCCAGCAGAGGUUCUACCGCCUCCACCGGCAACGGUGGCGGUGGCGGUGAUGGAAAUUCUGGUUACUUCAAUAGGAACCUCACCAGUUUGGGCCUCGGCUACGCCAUUGCUAUAGCUUUAGGGUUUCUAGUUCUCCUCUCCACCAUCCUCCUCGCUUCCUACGUUUGCUUCCGCGCCCGCUCCCGCUCCCUCUCCCGCAACCGCGCCCGCCCACGUCUCCGCUCUCCUAAUACAGGCACCGCCGAUUCCUCUAACGGCAUCAUCCUUCCUCGCAUUAUCUUCGUUGCCGAAGACGACGAUGGAGGCAGAGACGAAGAAAGCGUGGUUGGGCUUGAUCAAAUGGUAAUCAAUUCAUACCCAAAGUUCCCAUUUUGCAAAUCUAGGGAUUGUGAGAGUGGAGAUUCCAUGUGUUCGAUUUGUCUUUGUGACUACAAAGAUGGGGAGAUGCUAAGGAUGAUGCCCGAUUGUCGACAUUUCUUUCAUCUCUAUUGCAUCGAUGCUUGGUUGAGGCUCAAUGCUUCUUGCCCUGUUUGUCGCAAUUCACCAUUGCCCACUCCAUUGUCGACUCCGCUCUCUGAGCUAGUGCCGUUAUCACAGUAUCCAGGGGAUCGGAGAAGGUGAUACUCUGUUCCCAAUUCCCACGCUACGAUGUUUUGAUGUUCUUUGAUUUUCUGUAAAAAUUGAGUUUUUUUGGCAAAUUAUUUUGAUUGUUAGAAAGAUUGAAGCUUUUGUUUUUUGGUUUCUUUUAUAUGUUUUUUGGGGCUAUGUUUGAUAUGAUGUGAGAACAUGGAAGGCUCUGUGUCUAUUUUGGGGUUUUGUGUUUCA